GACUUGAACGACAAGCUUCGUGGCCGCCAGGGAGCAGCGCGACGAGAGCUAACCUCGCGGACGAUAUUUGUGCUGUGCACAACAGGUGCAAUAAUACACGUUUAUACAUUCAGGGAACAGUUAAUAGUAGUAGCGGACAAAAUCAUUGUGAAGGAAGAUGGUGAUGACUGUGGCUUCUGUGCGCCAGCACCUCACAAAUUUGGCGCACUCCGGUGGUUCCCACAAAGAUCAAGCGGAAAAGUAUCGCACAACAUUGGACAUGAUAGUGGUGUCGUGCGGCGAUGAGAUGGCUGAAGCUCUGAAGACAUUUGUUGAAGCAAUUGUGAACGAAAAUGUAAGCUUGGUAAUUUCGAGACAAGUUUUGACCGAUGUUAGCAAUCGCUUAAUAUUUUUGCCUGAUGAGAUAUCAAAAGCUGUUUCUCAUUACACGUUAGACAAGGUCCAACCACGUGUGAUUUCCUUCGAAGAACAGGUAGCCAGUAUAAGGCAACACUUAGCCGACAUUUAUGAACGUAAUCACAACUGGCGGGAAGCUGCGAACGUUUUAGUUGGCAUACCAUUGGAAACAGGACAAAAGCAGUACACAGUUGAUUAUAAACUUGAGACAUAUCUUAAAAUCGCUAGACUAUAUUUGGAAGAUGAUGAUCCCAUACAAGCUGAAGCAUUCAUUAACCGAGCGUCACUUUUACAGGCUGAAUCUAAAAACGAACAGUUACAAGUCUAUUACAAAGUGUGUUACGCUAGGGUACUAGAUUACAGAAGAAAGUUCAUAGAAGCGGCUCAGCGAUACAAUGAGUUGUCGUAUAGAUCCAUUAUUCACGAAGACGAACGCAUGACGGCACUUAGGAACGCAUUGAUUUGCACAGUACUGGCAUCUGCAGGCCAACAAAGAAGUCGGAUGUUGGCAACUUUAUUCAAGGACGAACGUUGCCAGCAACUCCCGGCUUACUCUAUUCUUGAGAAGAUGUAUCUGGAUCGUAUUAUUCGGCGCUCUGAACUGGAAGAGUUCGAAGCGUUACUGCAGCCUCACCAGAAAGCGUGCACCAUCGACGGAUUGGGUUCCACCAUACUCGACCGUGCCGUUAUCGAGCAUAACUUGUUAUCCGCUAGCAAAUUGUACAACAACAUUUCGUUCGAAGAAUUAGGCGCAUUAUUGGAUAUUCCACCCACUAAAGCGGAAAAAAUAGCUAGCCAAAUGAUUACCGAGGGCAGGAUGAACGGAUACAUAGAUCAAAUCGAUUCUAUAGUGCAUUUCGAAACACGCGAGACCUUACCAACGUGGGACAAGCAAAUACAAUCGCUCUGUUAUCAAGUGAAUCAAAUAAUCGAGAAGAUCGCUCAGACGGAACCCGAAUGGAUCGCGAAAGUAAUGGAAGAUCAGAUGGUGCAUUAAUAUAUAAAUACAUUUUGUUUAACGAAGAAAUCUGUCAUUGCGCGGAAUACGGGAAUCAUAACGCAUAUUACGGUAUCAGAGUCGGCCAAACCAGCGAAUAUUUAUAUUAUAGCUCAUCGUUGAAACACAAGUAUCGUCCAGUGCACAUAAUUUAAUGUAUUCGAUUAUUUUCCACUAUGUAAAAUCCUUCGCAAACAGAUUUUUCAGAAAUGUAUCUGUAAAUGCAUCGUCUUUACGCUCGUCAAUAGGCACUAUGCGUGAAACACUUUAAAUACACAUUGUGCGUUUAAGACUUGAUGAGGCCAAUUCUCGACAUUUGAUAAUGCUUACUACAGAGUAGUUUUAAAAAUGAUGAAAAAUUUAUCACACAAUGAAUAUACAAGUUCCUUCAAAGAAAAAAGUUUAAGAGUGAUAAUCACAAUCAUCACAACUAACGAAAUUAAAAAAAAAAAGAAUUCAUUGUAGGUGAAAAAAAUUGUGUAAGUUCUCUUGUAAAUAAAUCACAUUCAUACU